AUGUGCCGUCUGGUGGCGCGCCGUAACGACACGCCGCACCUGGUGGCGCUGCAGCCGCAGCCAGAGGUGGUCAGCGACGGCGUGCAGACGGCGCCGCCCGGCUUCCACGUCAUCUACCUGCCGUUCGCCGACGACGUCCGCCAGCUGUCGCUGCCGGCGCCGCGGCGCGCCACGGACGAGCAGAUCGAAGCCGCCCGCGCCAUCGUCACCAAACUGCGCUUCAAGUACGCGCCCGAGAAGAUCGAGAACCCCCAGCUGCAGAAGCACUGGAUCAACAUCGAGGCUUUGGCGCUGAACCGGCCUGAUGUGGAGGAGUUCACUGAUUACACCGCACCGGACGUGGAGCGGAUCAGGAAGAAGGCGGGGCCGCUGAUUGAGAAGUUCCAGGAGCUCGUGUAUCCGGAGGGGUACGACCCGCUGGCCAAGAGCAAGCCGCGGGCGCCCGCCGCCAAGCGGCCCAAGCUGGACCCCGACGCCGUGGACGUGCGCGCCCUGGCACUCGAAAAAAAGGUCCACACGACGACGAUGCCCGUGCUGAAGGCGUUCCUCCAGGACGCCGGCGUGUCCGUCAGCGGUCUGAAGAAGGCCGACCUUGUCCAGGCCGUGUACGAACAGCUGGAGCAGAAGCAGUAGCGGCCGGCGCCCCGUCAGCCGGCGGUGGGCCGGGACGGCGGGGCCACGGCGCCAGUACCCGCCGACAUGGCGGCGGUUGAGCGCUCUCGACGUGCUGCGGCUCUUCUGCCGUGUCUUUUGCUGCUUGCUUUGUGAUGAUUAUCGUUGAGUUUCUACUGAUUUUUGUACGGACUAGACCAGAGUGGUAUGUACAGUUGAGCGUGUGAUGUUUUUGUUGGAUUGGCAGUGUUUGUGGCUACAUUGGCGGUGUUCUACACGAUGUCAAGACUUUCCAUUGACUGUCUGGUGUGUGCGUGCGUGUGUGACUUGUGGAUGCCUUCAGCCACCCAGCGACCACGGGCGCUCGUGGACGGUUUUCCUGUCGUUACCGAGCAUUAUCGGACUUACAAGUGAAGUGCCUCAACUGCAACGAUCUCUGACCCGCAUAGUACAGAAAACGCACAAUACAUGCUUCGAUAAACACUCGUUUGCUGUUUGUACAGUCUGUUAAAAUGUGCGAUGUUCUUGGCCGUGUUAUGGAUUUGUUAGUGGGUUGUUGGCGUGAACAGUGUUGUUUCAGAAGAAGCCAGAAUUGGUUCGCCACAGUCGUGCAAACUUCUGCGCAGUCGCACAGGCGACAGUAGCCGAUGGGAAAUCGCCGAAUGCGUCGUUGCUUGAAGAGUCAACAGAUGGCGUUGGGUGUCAGCAAACAUUUGCGAAGCGGGAACAGCGCGCGGUUUCGGUUACGAAGUGUAAAUAAUAAAAUGUCUCAGCGGAUUAUCAUGUUGCAUGGAUUAUGCGAGUGAAGCGUUUAUUUUACCCGUCAUUUUUCGCACGCUAUUAUUGAGGGCGUUAUUGUCAGCGCCAUAGAACAAAUAGAUGUCGGAACAAGCACGCGCAUUGUCACGGUCACCGAGCGCUUAGGCAGGGCCCUGCUACGUUAAGGCCCAGCAACCUGGGCCCACUGAUGUGAUUGGGAUUUGCGUCCAGUUUCUAUCGCUAUUCGAACUGUGGGUCACAGAGCGUGCAUGAAGUAGAUGUACAAAUAUAUCAUG